AUGAGAAAUUGAAAUUAUUUAGGAGGCGUAUGGAAAUCUUCCAGUGGAAAGCAAGGUGACGUUUCUGUUAACUACCGUUUGCAAUGGCACGCUUGCAGAAGAGAUGCGGGCCAUAGCCGCAGUGCUGUUGCGUCGGUUAUUCUCUUCAGAAUUUCUGGACUUUUAUCCUAAGAUUCCACCGGAGGCGCAAAUCCAAUUGAAAGAACAAAUUUUACUAUCAGUCCAAACCGAACAAACCGAAAGUAUCCGACGUAAAGUUUGCGACGUUGCAGCCGAAGUUGCCAGGAAUUUAAUAGACGAAGAUGGUAAUAAUCAGUGGCCGGAGUUUCUUCAGUUCCUAUUUCAAUGCGCGAAUAGUCCGUUGCCGGCAUUAAAAGAGAGCGCGCUUCGUAUGUUUACAUCCGUCCCAGGCGUAUUUGGAAAUCAACAAGCAAAUCAUCUCGAUCUUAUAAAACAAAUGUUACAACAAUCUGUUUUGGACCCUACAAAUUAUGAGGUCAGGUUUCAAGCAGUAAGAGCAAUUGGAGCGUUUAUAACAUUACAUGACAAAGAAGAAAAUAUACACAAGCAUUUCUCAGAACUAGUUCCAGCGCUUGUACAAGUAACCGCCCAAUCUAUAGAAAAGCAAGAUGAUGAUGCUCUUAUAAAAGUGUUGAUAGACCUUGCUGAAACCACGCCAAAAUUCCUCAGGGGACAAUUAGACAAUGUUAUGCAAAUGUGCAUGAAUGUAUUCUCCAAUGAAGAGAUGCCUGACUCUUGGAGGCAAUUGGCACUAGAAGUUUUGGUAACUCUAGCAGAGACUGCACCAGCUAUGGUACGCAAAGUUGGUGAAAAAUACAUUGUAUCUUUAGUACCAUUGGUAUUGAAGAUGAUGACUGAUUUGGAAGAAGAUGAAAAAUGGAGUUUCUCUGAUGAAAUUAUCGAGGAAGAUAACGAUAGCAACACUGUAGUUGCGGAAAGUGCUUUAGAUAGAUUGGCGUGUGGCCUGGGAGGGAAGACUAUGCUACCACAAAUUGUGCAAAAUAUCCCUACAAUGUUAAAUAACAAUGAUUGGAAGUAUAGACAUGCAGCACUUAUGGCUAUCUCAGCUGUUGGUGAAGG